AUGAAGGGUUUGUGUACCAAGAUUGGUCCAGAUCCAUCCAGGCAUGUAGGAGACUCUGGAGAACAUGCAUACCUUGAGUGUAAUCACAGUAUUUGCUCCCUACAAUACAAUUUCACUCAUGAUCUGACCAACUUUAUGGUUUUCUGUGAUGAAACACUAGCAAAGGCAAAAUAUUUGGAAGUGGCAAGAAGAAUGAAGGCAUAUGAGGAUAACAAAUAUGAAGCCUGGAAAGAGAGUACAUAUCAGAUCCUGCACUCACUGCUGAAAAGAAGUUUACUCAUUAACACGCAUGUACCAGUUGUUAACCAUGCAAACUUGAAUUUAGCUGAUGUGGCAAAGGCAAAAUAUUUGGAAGUGGCAAGAAGAAUGAAGGCAUAUGAGGAUAACAAAUAUGAAGCCUGGAAAGAGAGUACAUAUCAGAUCCUGCACUCACUGCUGAAAAGAAGUUUACUCAUUAACACGCAUGUACCAGUUGUUAACCAUGCAAACUUGAAUUUAGCUGAUGUGGCAAAGGCAAAAUAUUUGGAAGUGGCAAGAAGAAUGAAGGCAUAUGAGGAUAACAAAUAUGAAGCCUGGAAAGAGAGUACAGAUCAGAUCCUGCACUCACUGCUGAAAAGAAGUUUACUCAUUAACACGCAUGUACCAGCUGUUAACUAUGCAAACUUAAAUUUUGCUGAUGUUGUAAAUGCAGUUUUUUUUAUAUUAUUGAUUUUUCUAAAACAUAUGAAAGGGUGUGGUAUUGAAGGUCGACAGUAA